CCCGCGCCGCCCCGCGCCGGCUCGGCUGCUCCGCAGCUCGCGCGCGCCCGCCCGCCGGCCCGCCCGGCGCCGGGCCAUGGCGCUGCUGCGGGACGUGUCGCUGCAGGACCCACGAGACCGCUUCGAGCUGCUGCAGCGCGUGGGGGCCGGGACCUAUGGCGACGUCUACAAGGCCCGCGACACAGUUACGUCCGAACUGGCCGCGGUCAAGAUAGUCAAGCUAGACCCAGGGGACGACAUCAGCUCACUCCAGCAGGAAAUCACCAUCCUGCGUGAGUGCCACCACCCCAAUGUGGUGGCCUACAUUGGCAGCUACCUCAGGAAUGACCGCUUGUGGAUCUGCAUGGAGUUCUGUGGAGGGGGGUCCCUGCAGGAGAUUUACCAUGCCACCGGGCCCCUGGAGGAACGGCAGAUUGCCUAUGUCUGCCGAGAGGCAUUGAAGGGUCUGCACCAUUUGCAUUCUCAGGGGAAGAUCCACAGAGACAUCAAGGGAGCCAACCUUCUCCUCACCCUCCAGGGAGAUGUCAAGCUGGCUGACUUUGGGGUAUCAGGCGAGCUGACGGCAUCUGUAGCUAAGAGGAGGUCUUUCAUUGGGACUCCAUACUGGAUGGCCCCGGAGGUGGCCGCCGUGGAGCGCAAAGGUGGCUACAACGAGCUGUGUGAUGUCUGGGCUCUGGGAAUCACUGCCAUCGAGUUGGGCGAAUUACAGCCCCCUCUGUUCCACCUGCACCCCAUGAGGGCUCUGAUGCUCAUGUCAAAGAGCAGUUUCCAGCCACCCAAGCUGAGAGACAAGACUCGCUGGACCCAGAAUUUCCACCACUUCCUCAAGCUGGCCUUGACCAAGAACCCCAAGAAGAGGCCAACAGCAGAGAAGCUUCUGCAGCACCCAUUCACAACCCAGCAGCUCCCUCGGGCUCUCCUCACACAACUGUUGGACAAGGCCAACGACCCCCAUCUGGGAACCCUGUCCCCAGAAGACUGUGACCUGGAGACUUAUGACACAUUUCCAGACACCAUUCAUUCCCGUGGUCAACGUGGCCAGGCCGAGAGGACCCCCUCGGAGAUCCAGUUUCACCAGGUGAAAUUCGGCGCCUUGCGUAGGAAGGAAACGGACCCGCUAAAUGAACCGUGGGAGGAGGAGUGGACGCUGCUGGGGAAGGAAGAGCUGAGCGGGAGCCUGCUGCAGUCAGUCCAGGAGGCCCUGGAGGAAAGGAGCCUGACCAUCAGGCCGGCCCUGGAACUCCAGGAGCUGGACUCCCCAGACGAUGCCACAGGAACCAUUAAGCGAGCCCCGUUUUUGGGGCCAUCCCCCUCUGAGCCUCCUGCUGAGGACCCUUUAUCCAGCCCCCGAGGAACCCCACUCCCACCUCUGCCAGGCGCCGACAGCCCCCCACUGCUUCCCACCGCCUGGGCCACCAUGAAGCACCAGGAGGACCCUGAGAGAUCGUCCUGCCACGGGCUCCCCCCGACCCCCAAGGUGCACAUGGGUGCCUGCUUCUCCAAGGUUUUCAAUGGCUGCCCCCUGCAGAUCCACACUGCGGUCACCUGGAUUCACCCUGUCACCCGGGACCAGUUCCUUGUGGUGGGGGCCGAGGAAGGCAUCUAUACCCUCAACCUGCAUGAACUGCACGAGGAUACACUGGAGAAGCUGAUCUCACACCGCUGCAACUGGCUCUACUGUGUGAAUAAUGUGCUGCUGUCACUCUCAGGGAAAUCAACACACAUCUGGGCCCAUGACCUCCCGGGCCUGUUUGAGCAGCGGCGACUACAGCAACAGGUUCCCCUCUCCAUCCCUACCAACCGCCUCACCCAGCGUAUUAUCCCCAGACGCUUUGCCCUGUCCACCAAGAUUCCUGACACCAAAGGCUGCCUUCAAUGUCGUGUGGUGCGGAACCCCUACACGGGCAGCAGCUUCCUGCUGGCCGCCCUGCCCACCAGCCUGCUCCUGCUGCAGUGGUACGAGCCACUGCAGAAGUUCCUGCUGCUGAAGAGCUUCUCCAGUCCCCUGCCCAGCCCAGCAGGGAUGCUGGAGCCCCUCGUGCUGGACGGGAAGGAGCUGCCCCAGGUGUGCGUGGGGGCUGAGAGCCCUGAGGGGCCGGGCUGCCGAGUCCUGUUCCAUGUCCUGCCCCUGGAGGCUGGUCUGACUCCAGACAUUCUCAUACCACCGGAAGGGCUCCCAGGCUCGGCCCAGCAGGUGACUCAGGUGGACAGGGAUACGGUCCUAGUCUGCUUUGACCGCUGCGUGAGGCUUGUCAACCUGCUGGGUGAGCCCACGGCCACACUCGCGCCCGUGCUGACGUUUGACUUCCCUAUUGAGACUGUGGUGUGUCUGCAAGACAGUGUGCUGGCCUUCUGGAGCCAUGGAAUGCAAGGCCGCAGCCUGGACACCAACGAGGUGACCCAGGAGAUCACAGAUGAGACAAGGAUCUUCCGAGUGCUUGGGGCCCACAGAGACAUCAUCCUUGAGAGCAUUCCAACCGACAACCCGGGGGCUCACAGCAACCUCUACAUUCUCACUGGCCAUCAGAGCAGUUACUGAGUGGGCCGGGUGGCCAGUGGUAGUCCCCUGCCCUACCCCCAUGCCUUAGCUGCCGUCCCUUUUAGGCAGAGGGACCCCGCCCAGAUCAGAGGAGCCCAAGGUCCCUGCUCUGCUGGUCUGAAGGGCAGAAAUAAUCCUGAGAAGUUUCAGGGCUGCAGAGGGCAGGGGAGCCCACCCCACAGCCCUGUCAUAACUGGACCAGAGGAAGCUGCUGUCACCUCUCCUGCCCUGCAGGCAGCCCAGGCCCUAGUGCCCUGUGGCAGGGGUCCUGGGCAGAGAGGGGGUGCGCCCUGGGCCAUCCAUUCCAUUUUGUUCCACAUUUCCUUUCCACUUUUCCUGCCGGGAGCCUGCCCCUAUACCCUGUCCUGGGGAACAUGGUAUUUAAUAGAGAGACUAUAUUGGUAUUAAAGCUGGUUUGAUUUUACUCCACUGAUCCCUCUUUGUCCAGGGAUCCACUGAUCCCUCAUCUCCCCCUUCCUUCCUUCCCUCCAGCACAUCUUUCUGUGGCACUGGGUGCUAUGGAUGUACCAGAGAAGGGUAGGCCACCUGUGUUCUGGCAGCAUCCUCAUGGGGAGGCCAGACACAGGCAAUGGGGAGGCCAGUGGCUCCAGAAGGCAACUCAGGUCCUGUGCCUUCCCGGGCUCCCCUGGUCAGAAGCAGCCCUCAGCUUUGCAGUAUGAGGCUUCUUUUGUACCCAAGGAGUCAUACCGAUGGGUGGUCCUGAACAAAGGGACUCUCAUCCAGGGCAUCUCUGCCCAAUAUAGGAUCUUACCUGGCAGCCAUGGCCCAGGAGAGGCCAGGCUCCACCCAGCCUCAGGGAGGCUCUGGCCUAUGGAACAGCCUGCCAUAUCCCCCGCUAGGCCUGGGGCAGCCUUCCUGCCUCCCACUGGAUGCCUAGCCUGGCCAGGACUGAGUAUGGGCACCAUCAUCAGGUUAGACACUGGGAAGAUUAGCCUGUGUCCAUUUAACAAGUACUCCCAGGGGGGCCUCAGUGCCAAAUGCUAGGCUCAGGCAAGGGUCAUUGCCAAGGUAUGGAUGGGUCCCAUGAGGAGAGCUUUCCUCCCUGCUGGGGCCUGCAUCUUGAGGGUCUGUAUGUCUGCCCAUGACUGACUUUGUGCUUUGCAUUGUCAUUCUCCCACUUUUCCUCUUAGGGGGCUCUAUACCUCAGGCCAAGGAGCCCCUGGUUGUCCCAGGACGGACCAGGCUGCUCUUGAGCGGAGCCUUUGGGCAAGUGAGACCAAGGGGGCAGGAUGGCAGCUGGCAUGGAAGGACGGGUCAGGUGCACAGGCAGGACCAGGGCUACAGAGGGCAAGAAGGCCCUGGAUCUGGGGGAAGGGCUUGAGCAAAGGCCCAGGAACCAGGUCUGGAGUUUGGCCCCAUCAUCUCCCUUUUGAUAUUCAAGGCGAGUGUUUGAAUAAGAACCUGGUGGGCCUUUGGUAAAUAUUUGAUAAGUGAAUGAAACAUAUGGCUGGGUGGUGGGUAGAUGGCAGCUUAUGUGAAGAGCUUGUGGCAACCCAGUCUCUAGUGCCCUUGGCAGAGGCCCAGGCCAUCCCAAGGCUGUAAUAUUGUCCCCUUGCCCACCCGCCAACAGAGCCCCGACUGCUCUUACUCCCAGUGACAGGGAGGGUUUCUCAGCUGAAAUGAGGGAGUCAAUCAGGAAAGCAGAUGCAGUUCCGGUGUGCUGGGCACUCAUGUUCGCAUUCUCUGUGAGACCCAAGGGAGGUGAGGUUCCUUCCAAGUUCUGAAGGUUUGUCAGCACCUGCCUGGAGGGCACUUGAUGGGCCACAUGGUGAGGUGACAGGUACAAUUUCUAACUUCCAAUUUCCCAGAUUUCUUAGCAGAGAUGUAGGGUUAAGGAAUGCCUGGAGUGGGGAGCUAAGCUCCCACUCAGCAGAGGCCCCUGACCCCUGACCUCAGGUGCCCAGGGAGGACUGACCUGCUGCUCCCGGGACAGUAGGCAGCGCCACCUUGUGGCAGGUUCUUGAGCCCUUGAGUGCCACUAGAGUCUGAAGGGGGAGGGUAUCAUGUAAGGCGCCACAGUGGUGGGUCUGGGAAAAUCAAGGGACUCAUAAAAUAUUUGCUGCCAGCAAAGGCUGGCCACAAGCCAAAGAAAGGCAAAGAAGCCAGGGAAUAUUUGCUGAGAGACUAAAAUUGUGAUUUUAUGUAUUUUUUUAAUAGGUAAUCCUUGUCCAUGGUACCCAAAUUUAUAAAAUACAAAUAGCUACAAUGAAAAGU